AUGGCGCCCGCCGCCAGUUCGACGGCUCGGUCAUUUUUGGUCGUCGACCACGUGUUCCGCUUCGGCGCGCUUGCCUACGUGACGAUCUUCACUGCGCUCGUCUUUUGGAAGUUGGCUUCUACUUCCGUUACCUUGCCGCCCAAGAGCGUCCCCACCACCGUAUCCACAGAGCCGGAUUCGACGUCAGCGACUGAUACUGUUCCGCUCUUCCCCGCGAACUCUACGGUCCCACCGAAUUCUACGACGCCUCCAAGCAAUUCGUCCACGCCACCCUCGCUUUCGUCGAUCGCUCCAAUGAAUACAACAGCGCCACCUACCACAACUUCAACCAGUACGACGACAACCUCAGCCACUAGGACAACCGCCUCCAGCAUCGCCGCCUCAAACUCUACGGCCAUUCCGCCGAGCGGAACGAGUACAACUACGAAAAAGACGACCACCAAGGAGACGACCACUAAGAAGACGACCACUAAGAAGCCCGCCCAAUCAAACGAUACUCGGCUCGAAGACGAUCGCUUCCGCCUCAAAGAGAUCAUGAACAACCGAUGGAUCCCCUCCAUC